AUGAAACCACUAAGUAGUAAGUGUCGGUGUGAAGCCACCUCCAACAACCACGUUGCUUGUCUGUGCGCCGUUCAGCGCUUCUUGGACAAGCAAGGCUACGCACGUGGCAAGGCCUCUCGCAACACAACGUAUCGGAUGAACCUAGCGCAGGAGCAAGCCCGCGAUCCGUACGUCAACUUCAUGGUGCCGACAGUCACGACAGCUCCCCGACGACCGGUGGUGUACCUAGACGAGAGUUUGAUCUACCACCACUACACCCGACAUGCCGACAGUCUCUACGACCCCACGGACAUCGCAAAGACGAAGCCAAUGCACAAGGGUCGACGUUAUUGUUUCAUCGUUGGGAUACUGGAUGACGGCACGGACGCCUCGCACCUGUUGGGCCUCGACAGUUUUGUCGGCGGGAAAAAGAACGGAAGAACCGUGAAAGACUACCAUUUUAUGUUCAAUCACGAGUAUUUCGUCAACUGGUUUGGCAAACUACUGGACGAGGUGGAGGAACUUGGGUGA